AUGAAGAACCUUGUUGCGGUUAAUGCAAGCAACAACAGAUUUACAGGACAGAUACCGGCUUCAAUCUGUGUCUCCCCAUCCUUCACUGAGCUUGACCUUAGCCGCAACCAAUUCAGCAGCAAUAUACCUCAGGGACUUGACGAUUGCUCCAUGUUGAGAGUGUUGAAGGCUGGCCACAACAACCUUAGUGGGAUCCUUCCUCAUGAACUCUUCAGGGCUACCUCAUUGGAACAGCUCUCUUUUCCUAACAAUGGCUUGCAUGGAGUUCUUGAUGGUUCCCAAGUAGUCAAACUCAGCAAUUUGACUGUCCUUGAUCUUGGAUCGAAUGGGCUCAGUGGAGAAGUCCCAGAUUCUAUAGGCCAGUUGAGAAGAUUGGAGGAGCUGCACUUGGGCAACAACAACAUGUCUGGUGAGCUUCCGCUAACCAUAGGUAACUGCACAAAUCUCAGGUACAUCAGCCUCAGAAACAACAGUUUUACUGGAGAUCUUAGCAAAGUCAACUUCACCCUAUUGGAUCUAAGCAUAGCUGAUUUUUCAAUGAACUACUUCACUGGUACAAUUCCUGAAAGCAUCUAUUCGUGCAACAAUCUAAUUGCAUUGCGGCUGGCUUACAACAACUUUCAUGGCCAGUUCUCAUCAAAAAUAGGAAACCUUAGGUCCCUCUCCUUCCUUUCACUUACAAAUAAUUCCGUAACAAAUAUAGAAGAUGUGAUACAGACUCUCCGGAGGUGCAAGAACCUUACCACUCUACUUAUGGGCUCCAACUUCAAGGGAGAAAUCAUGCCACAGGUUAAAUCAAUUGAUGGCUUUCAGAAUCUUGAGGUACUAAGCAUAGAUACUUGCGCGUUGGUCGGGCAGAUCCCUCUUUGGCUGUCGAAGCUCACAAAGUUGAAAAUACUAGAUUUAUCCAGCAAUCAACUCACUGGAUCAAUACCAUCCUGGAUUAGCAGACUACACUUCCUCUUCUUUCUGGACAUAUCAAGCAACAGACUUUUAGGGGACAUCCCAACUGCAUUGAUGAAGAUGACCAUGCUACAAGCGGAGAUGAAUGCUGAAAAGUUGGAUCCAGAGUUCCUGGAGUUACCUAUAUACUGGACACCAUCACGUCAAUACCGCUUGCUCGGUGCUUUCCCAGCCGCGUUGCAUCUAGGCAACAACAAAUUCACUGGCACUAUCCCCCCUGAGAUUGGUCAAAUGAAAAUGCUCAUGUACCUAAAUUUUAGCUCCAACAGCUUAUCCGGAGAAAUACCGCAAGAAAUCUGCAACCUCACAAGCCUGCAAGUUCUGGACUUCUCAAACAACCAGCUCACAGGUGCAUUCCCAUCCACACUGAGUGAACUGCAUUUCCUUUCUACCUUCAAUGUUUCUUACAAUGAACUUGAAGGUCCAGUUCCAACUGGAGGACAGUUUGAUACGUUUUCAAAUUCUAGCUAUAUUGGGAAUCCUAAUCUGUGUGGUGACGUACUCAGCAAACACUGCGGCACCACACCAAGAGAUCAAACGUUCAGCUCACGACAGCACAGCUCGCGUCUUCCUAUUAUCUUUGGGGUCAUUUUUGGAGGACUUUCUGCUCUUGCGCUGCUAGCAUGCUUCCUGAUUGCAAGAUUGGUAUACAAUGAUCACACUGAGAACCUAGUUCCACUUCAGAGGCGGUAG